AACAAGAUGACCACCACCACCACCACUACGACUAUACGAGGUGAAUCCAUAUUUCGCACACAUUUCAUAUGUUGGCGAAUUUUGGGCUUUCUACCAACGGAAAAAUAUCGUCAACUCUAUAUUGCCUAUUCGAUACUUGUGAAUAUUAUCAUAACGGUGGGUUAUCCAUUACAUUUAAUUGUUGGUCUAUUCAAGAGUACUACAAUGUAUGAUAUAAUCAAAAAUUUGGCCAUUGCUUUGACCUGUUUGGUGUGCUCCAUUAAAACUGUGGCGAUUUGGUUGAAAUUUAAAAACAUAACAAAUAUGUUUGACAUUAUAAAGCGUCAGGAUCAACGUAUUAGUUUGGCGGAAGAUGAGGCUUAUUAUUACAAAAAUGUGACAUUUAAGAAUGUACGCCUGGUAUUGUAUACAUUUGUUAUAUUAUGUAUUGGUUCGAGUUCGUUUGCUGAAUUAAUGGUGUUAUGUAAUGGUUUAAUGGGUAGUUGGGAAUUAAUGUAUCCCGGUUACUUUCCAUUCGAUACAUUUUCUAGCACAAAAUUGUACGUAGUGGCGCAUUUGUAUCAAUAUGUUGGAGUAUCAUUUCAAAUUUUGCAGAAUGUGUUGAAUGAUACCUUUGCCGCCAUGCAUUUGGCUUUGUUGAGCGGCCAGAUUCAUGCUUUAAGUAUGAGGGUAGCCAAAUUGGGUAGGGAUGUUAAGAAAUCCCAGGCCGAAAAUAAUCAGGAGUUAUUGAAGUGUAUACAGGAUCAUAAGGAUAUAUUGAUCUAUCACAGCAAACUACAGGAUGUCAUCUCCUUCUAUAUGUUCCUGCAGAUUCUCUUCACUAGCAUAAAUUUAUGCGCUACCAUCGUAUUUAUCAUUCUAUUUGCCACCGAUUUCUUUACCAUGUUAUAUUAUUUCUUUUACUUCUUAGCCAUGACUGGUGAAAUUUUGCCCGUUUGUUAUUAUGGCACUAUUAUGGAGGAGGAAUUUCAAAAUUUAACGUAUGCUUUAUUUUCCUCAAAUUGGAUGGAUCAAGAUGUAGUAUUUAAGAAACAUUUACGAAUUUUUGCCGAAACUACGAAAAAGCCUUUGUAUGUUAUGGCUGGUUGUUUCGGCAUCAAUUUAAAUUCAUUUAUAAUUGUUUGUAAAAAUUCGUAUUCGUUGUUUGCUCUAAUUAUGAAUAUGAAGCAGGAUGAGCGUAUAUGUUUGGCCAGAGAUGAAGCCCGCUAUUAUAAAAAUGUCGUUUUUAAGAAUGUACGUUUCGUAUUUAUAAUGUUUCUAAUAUUGUGUGCUGUCGCAGGUUCGUGUGUCGAGUUAUCGACGUUAAUAAAUUGUUUAAUGGGCAGUUGGCGUUUAUUGUACCUCGGCAGUUUUCCCUUUGAUCCAUUUGCCAGCACAAAAUUAUACAUUGUGGCACAUAUUUAUCAACUAGUAGGCGUGUCAUUUCAUAUUUUGCAGAAUAUUGUACACGACACGUAUGCCGCCAUGCAUUUGGCUUUACUAAGUGGCCAGUUGCAUGCUUUAAAACCAGGGGCACGCAUUACCGAAAGAAAAACAAACAAAAUGAUGAUCACAAUUCCCCAAGUGGAAACUAUAUUUCGCUCACAUUUCAUAUACUGGCGCAUAUUGGGUUUUUUACCAACGGAAAAGUAUCGUAAACUCUAUAUAGCCUAUGCCAUCUUUAUAAAUAUUACGGUAACAUUGGCCUAUCCGAUACAUUUGAUUAUAGGUCUAAUCAUGAGCUCAACUUUAUAUGAAGUAAUCAAAAAUCUAGCUGUAGCAGUAACGGUAUUAGUGUGCAGCAUUAAAACCAUUAUAAUGUGGUUGAAAUUUCAGAAUAUCGUUAAUAUGUUGGAUAUAAUAAGGCGGCAAAAUAAACGUAUUUCUUUGGAUAAAGAAGAGGCCAGCUAUUUUAAUUAUGUGGUUUUACGAGAUUUGGAUCGUAUAUUGAAAAUGUUUAUUACUUUGUAUACAGCUGCGGGGGUAUUUGCUGAAUUAUCGGUUCUAGGAAAUGGUUUAUUGGGUGGUAGCUGGUAUCUGAUGUAUCCCGCUUACUUUAUAUUUGAUCCCUAUGCUAAUACAACUUUAUAUAUUGUGGCUCAUGUUUAUCAAUUUUUAGGUGUAUCCUUUCUUAUACUACAAGAUAUAGUCAAUGAUUCUUUUGCCACCAUGCAUUUGGCUUUAUUGAGUGGUCAGGUACGUAGCUUGAGUAUGAGAAUAACGAAAUUGGCUGUAGACCCCAAAAAGUCUCAAUUGAAAAAUAAUCAAGAAUUAUUGGAUUGUAUAGCAGAUCAUAAGGAUUUAUUGGAAUAUCGCCAAAAAUUGGAGGAGGUGGUCUCUUUCUAUAUGUUUAUUCAGAUACUUUUCACUAGCAUUAAUAUGUGCUCUACCGUGGUAUUUUUGGUACUCUUCACCAGCGAUCUCUUUACCUUGAUCUAUUAUUUUGUUUAUUUUCUUUCGAUGGCUGCCGAAAUUAUGGCUGUAUGUUAUUAUGGCACUGUUAUCGAGAGGGAAUUUCAGAAUUUAACUUAUGCCAUAUUCUCUUCAAAUUGGUUGCAACAGGAUAAAGUAUUUAAGAAAAAUUUAAAGAUUUUUGCCGAGGCCACCAAAAAGCAUUUGUAUAUUAGAGCUUGGCUGUUUUAUGUCAAUUUGGAUUCGUUUAUAUUUGCCUGUAAAAAUGCUUAUUCGAUGUUUGCCUUAAUAAUGAAUGUGAAGUGAACUUUAUAUUGGACGUAAAA